AUGGUUGUAUUUCUAGGCUUUGUAGUUAGUGCUAAUGAUGUAGAGGUAGAUGAAGAGAAAAUAAAGACUAUUAAGGAUUGGUCAACACCUAAAAACAUAACUGAAGUUAGAAGUUUUCAUGGAUUGGCUAGUUUUUACAGAUGUUUUGUUAGGGACUUUAGCACGAUUACCACGCCACUAACUGAAAUUAUCAAGAAAAAUGUGGGGUUUCAAUGGGGGGUAGAACAAAAACAUGUAUUCAACACUAUCAAAGAUUAUUUAUGUAAAGCACCGAUUUUAGCACUUCCCAACUUUGACAAAACUUUCAAGAUUGAGUGUGAUAUAUCAAGAAUAGGUAAGGAAAAUGUGGUAGCAGAUGCAUUGUCGCGGAGGUAUGUGCUUCUAAUUACUUUAAGUGUGAAAUUACUUGGCUUUGAGUACAUUAAGUGUAUGUAUGAUAAUGAUCUUGAUUUUUUCAACAUUUACAAUUCAUGUCAUAAGGGGGCUGUAGAUCAGUUCUUUAAGCAUGAUGAUUACUUGUUUAGAGAAAACAAAUUAUGUGUUCCUCAUUGCUCUAUGUGUGAGUUGUUGGUUAGAGAAGAACAUAGUGGGGGAUUAAUGGGUCACUUUGGGGAUAGCAAAGGCUUUAGAAAUAUUAAUUGA